AGAAAAAAAUGUCAAUAAAAUACUUCGUAGGCUUAAUUCAUCCGUUUCUAACUAUUGAAAUGAAUUAUUUGUUUAAUAAAAAUAAUGACAUAGAUUACUAUGAUGAUUAUUAUUAUGCUUUUGCGUAUGCACCUGACCAUAUUUUGGAAAACAUAUUUUCUUACUUGAACCAUAAAGAUCUUCGAAACUGUUCUUUAGUUUGUAAGAAUUGGUACAAGGUGCUCAGUGAUGAAAAUAAUGAUGUUUGGCGGAUACAUUGUUUAAAAAGACUACCUGAAGAAGUAAUGAAGUCAGAUCUUCUUUCGACAGUGACGACAUACAAAUCAAAAUUGAGAGCAUUCUAUCAUGCUUGGAAUCCACAUGAUUGUUCACGAAAUAUAUAUGUUAAACCCAAUGGUUUUACUUUACAUAGAAAUCCUGUUGCGCAAAGUACAGACGCAUGCAGAGCAAAAAUUGGUUUUCGCCAAGGUCGCCAUGCAUGGGAGGUUAUUUGGGAAGGACCUUUAGGCACUGUGGCAGUUGUUGGUAUAUCAACCAAAGAAGCCUCUUUGCAAUGUCAAGGAUAUGUUGGAUUACUUGGAUCUGAUGAGCAAAGCUGGGGAUGGAAUUUAGUAGAUAACAAUUUACUACACAAUGGUGAUACUCAAGGACAUUAUCCACUACUCAAUAACUGUCCAAAAUAUCAAGUAGGAGAGCGUAUAAGAGUCAUCCUGGAUUGUGAAGAUAAAACACUAUCAUUUGAAAGAAAUUAUGAAUUCUUAGGAGUUGCAUUUCGAGGGCUACCAAAUAAAAAGUUAUAUCCAACAGUAUCUGCAGUGUAUGGAAAUACUGAAGUUUCAAUGGUUUACUUGGGACCUCCACUCGAUGGCUGAUAGUUAGUUCAUAGAUACCUACUUCGCAAAUAUAAAAAGAAAAACUCUUUUCUUAUUGAGAGACGAGUAAUAAUAAAUUUGGAAUCUGCGUUAAUUUGGAAGGCUAAAGCUUAGCAGGUAUUUUAUACCUGCGUUCCUGCGUCCCUCUCCCCAAAAGGGACAGCUGCGAUUCGGCUUUGUUCGUUAAUCCCAUGGAGCACCCCCACUAGAGUCCGCAUACAAGGCAAGCGCUUACGCCAACCUUAAGUAGUAUUUUACCUAUGCGUGAGGCACGCCCACAGACGUCGCGAUACAUUACAUCAUUUCAUUUUGGUAACCGAGCGUCGGUCGAACUGCUUCUCUCGUUUUCGUGUUAAAAAAUUGUAAAAAAUGCCGUACUAUGAAAUUCAAUUAUGUGGAAAGUGGAGUAAAACUUCCAGUCUUCAAAAAUAUGGUAUUACUUUUCACCGGUAAGUUUAAAUACAUUACAAAAAGACAAAAAUACUCUUAUAUUAAAUUGCUGUUAAUUGUAUUUAUUUUUUGGUGAACGCGUUGAUGUCUUUGUACAUUGUCCCUUUCUCGCAUGCGCUGCAUCAUAUAUGCUAUCCCGGUCUCACACGGGCAUUUGUAUUGCUAGUGACGCAGACGCAGCUCAUGUCUCAACCCGUAAUUUUAUCGAUAAGUUUGUCAGCUAUGGAAAUGGAAAAAAUAAAUAAAAAAUAUUUAUUUCAUUGUAUACAAUAACAGAUGUCAUGAGUAUACUACCCACCUUUGGAGCCAUGCUCACCGUUCCAUGCCAACUGACCUGUUGCCAACUGAGUAUGGAUGGGAAGAAUCUGGUGAAAAAUAUCAUUUUAAAUGGUUUAUGGGUGAUCAAUUGCCAGUAUCCAUCACUAGCAUCACUAAUCUCGACAUGAACCCACAUGGUAUGAAAAAAAUUAUCUUCUUUUGAUUUCUGGCAAAUAAUAUUUAUCUACAUGAUUUUGUUAAAUAAUUGAUUGAUAUUUUUACAGAGGACGACGAAACCGAGAACGAUGGAGUGUGUGACAUAAGCAUCGAUAAUUGUGAUGACGGCAGUGAUGCAAACGAUGAUGAUUCAUAAAAAAAUAUUUGUAUGAUGUAUAUUAAGAUUUUGAUGUUAAUUGUAAUAAAAAUAAUCGAAUAAAAUUACGUUUGUAGGCUCUUGGAUAAAUAAAAUUGACCGAUAUGACUCUAAAUUCGUGUAAUUCAUUUACCGAGAACACAACAAAGGAUUCUAUCGUUAAAUACAACAAAUACAACAAACAUUUCGUGUGAGCUGUGUGGAAAGAAAAACGGCCGUGUGCCACUCAUUGAAUGCGUCGCGUGAACUGACUUUGCGCGCGUCGUACAUGUCGCGGCAAAGAUAUAAUGUCGGUAAAGGUGCCAUGCACGGUGGCGUGUUUGGUUCCACGCACUACAUACUCCCUCUUUUGAUCAGAUAGAGCGUCCUCGCAUCUGGUCAAACAAAAUUACACAGAGAGACAUAAGUAAUAAUAAUAAAAUAGCAAAAAUGACACAAAAUUAAGUUUUACGCGGUCUACCACGGCGGCGUUUUGGAAUUACAGGUUCUGGAAUCUCAAGACAUUCCCCAUUGCGAGCGUGAUACCUUUUAAAAUCGGAAAUGUGAUACUUUCCAACGAUUUCUUCGCGCUUCUCGGGAAAUGCCAAAAGGUAAGUUGUGGGACUGAUUUUACUUAUUACUAUAUAUGGACCAUCUCGUUUAGGUGUGAAUUUGGAGCUUACCCCUUUUGCAGCAUUGCUGAGAACGUGCGUCUUCAUCAAUACCAAGUCACCGACGGCGAGUUCAUCUGGUCUGCGGGUUUGAUCCUUGAGUGCCUUGCGGAGAUCCUGCUGACGAUGCGAUGCACUCUUUACUAUUGUUAAGUGUAUCCGCGAGCUUCAGAAGAUACGGAGUAAUCUGAGGAACAUAAUUUUCAGCUUCGAUUACUGCUCGGAUGCCACUGUGCGCAGCUAUCGGCGAACGGAGCUCUCGUCCGAAAGUAAGGUAAGCUGGUGUCUGACCUGUAGCUUUCGGAAUUGACGUAUUCAUGGCAAAACGUAUUGACGGAAGAGCUUCAAGCCACUGAUGAUGAUGACCCUCAACAAGGAUAGCUAACUGAGUCUUCAAGUCCCUAUUUUUUCUUUCAACGGGGUUAGCUUCUGGGUGGUAGAGUGGUAUUAAGUUUUGUCGUACCCCUAGGGUAAACAUAGCAUGCUGCAUGAUGUCAGCAACGAAUUGAACUUCAUUGUCAGAGAUCACACGUCUAGGUAAACCAAAACGUAAAAAAAAUUCUUCGAUAAGUAGCUUCGCACAUGCUUCAGCAGUAGCUUCUACGAGUGCAAACAGCUCUACCCACUUGCUAGUGGUAUCUUCCACGAUAAGCACCCAUCGCUCUCCAUCAGGUCCUUUGGGAAGGCGGCCAAACAAGUCCACAGCUAGGAUCUCGAAGCGUUUAGCUGGAAACGGUGUCUGCAAUAGCCCUGCUGGUUUCAUAUUACUGGGUUUAUAUCGUUGGCAUUCUAUGCAUGAUUUCACAUACUCUGUUAUGUAGCGGCGCAUUCCAGGAAAGUAAAAUCUUUCAGCAAUGCGAUGGAAAGUCUUGUCAAUCCCGCCAUGACCGGCAGUAGCAGCGUCGUGACACUCCACCAUUACCUGCUUACGUCGAUUUUCAGGUAUGACGAGUUGCUGUUCUUCUGUAUCUGCGUAACGGUAUAGUAUUCCGUUAUUUAAAUAAUAGCCCCUCUCGGACCAUCUUGUCGACUCGACUUCAUCUGCUCCUUCUAAUCCUAUUAUGACUUUACCUAUUUCAGGGUCGGCGAGCUGUUCUUCACGCAGAGCGGGAGCUUCCCAGUGUGGGGUAUCAACAAUCACUGUACAUACACCACAUGUUUCUGUAGCUUCAUCGUCACAUGGAGGACGACUGAGUGAGUCAGCGAGAACAUUGACUUUUCCAGGUGUGUAGUCUAUAUGUAAGUCAUACGAUUGAAGUUUCAUAGCCCACCGUAUGAGACGGCCACUAGGAGACCUCAAUGUAAACAGCCACUUUAAAGGUUGGUGAUCACUACGAACCCGAACAGGAUGACCGUCGAUGUAACCUCUGAAUUUCUCCACCGCCCAUACCACCGCCAACGCCUUGCGCUCGGUAGUCGAAUAGUUCCGCUCCGCUGAUGUUAGAAGACGGCUAGCGUAGGCGAUCGGACGCUCGGCGUGCGGCGACUCCCCCUGGAGUAGCGCUGCACCUAGCGCAUAAUUACUGGCGUCUGUUCUGAGAAUAAAUGGACAGUUAUAGUCUGGCUGUAUUAAUAUAGGAGCUGAUGUAAGCAAUAUCUUUAAUUGAUUAUAGGCAGCCUCUUGAGCUUCAUCCCACUUCCAUAACUGAUCUUUCCUAGUUAGCAUAGUCAAGGGUUGAGCGACUUGCGAAAACUUAGGAAUAAACUUCCUAAACCAGGAACAUGAUUGUAAGAAGGACUUCAAAUGCUUCACAGUCAUCGGUUUCCUCAUGUUACAUAUGGCACUUAUUUUGUCGGGAUCUGGUUUGACUCCCUGUGGCGUGAUUACAUGGCCCAGGUACUUGACACUUUCUCUUGCAAAGAUGCAUUUGUCUCUAUUAGCAUAGAGGUUAUAGACACGUAAACGGUCAAAGACAGCUCUCAAGUCCUGAAGGUGCUUUGAGUGAGAUUCUGACAGUAUAAUCAGGUCAUCGAUGCACCUUAGUAUCGUUAUUCCCUGUAAAGCAGCUCCCGACCUGAAUCUGUCAACCAAACGUUGAAAAGUAGCCGGUCCGUUACGGACACCAAACGGCAUUCUUUUAAAAGGAUGACUUCCGAAGUGACAGACAAAAGCCGUCUUGUCUCUGUCCUCUUCACGUACUACUACCUGCCAGUAGCUGGAUUUAAGGUCUAUAGUACUCAUGAAACAGCUCUUACCCGUAUAUUGAAGAAGGUCAUCAAUGACCGGUAGAGGAUAUGCGUCACUUUUAGAAACAGCAUUAAGUUUUCGGUAGUCCACGCAGAACCGAUAUGACCCAUCCUUUUUGGGCACGAGGAGAGCUGGUGCAGCCCACGGUGACUCGCACUCCUCGAUGAUGUCCCUCUGGAGCAUGUCCUCCAGCUCAGCCUUCAUCACAGCCUUCUUCGCAGGUGUGAGGCGAUACGGUGGCACUGCAAUCGGUGGGUGCUCGCCAGUGUCGAUGCGGUGCUCAGCAAAUGGAGUCGGUCCUCCCCCUUCUUGAAAAAUGUCAUCAUAUUCCUGUAAAAGAUCAGCUAGUUCAUUUCUCUCUAAUGGUGACAACAUAGUCCCUUCAUCAGUACGCAAUAUCUCCGUAGAAGCGCAUUCUAAAAUAUCACGUGAAGACUCACAACGCAUGUGGUGAAUGACUUGAGGUUGGUCUACUAAGUACCAACUAUUGUCAACUAUGUUAAUAAUAAUACCAGCUUUACGCAAAAAAUCUAUACCCAAAAGAGUGUCAUUGUUAUUUGCCUCUGGAAAAAUCACAAAACUGAUUGGCACUAUCUUAUUCUUUAACUUAACAUUCACAUCUGCAAGUUAAACAUUUACACUACGUGCCACGCCAUCAGCAAGUUUGACAGUCAUAAUACUGUAUUGAAAUGGAUGAUUCGAUUUACAAAGCAAUUUAUGAAGACUACAGCCCGCAACACUACGCUUGGCUGCAGUAUCGACAAGACCGGUGCCACUGUAUCCACAAAUCUCAAUAUCUAAGAUGGGGCGACCAUCCGCACAAACAUCUACAACAGAGUUAACAUUAUGCAUAGUAAUGCACGAAAAAUCAGCCACUGCGUUAUCAUAACAAUUGGAAUCAUUCUGAUUAUCAGUUAUAACAUCACAUGAAUAAAACGAGUCUUUACAUUUUCCACAAUUUGACCGAAUAACACCCUUAGCGCCACAUCCGUAACAUAAAUAAAAUUGACCGAUAUGACUCUAAAUUCGUGUAAUUCAUUUACCGAGAACACAACAAAGGUUUCUAUCGUUAAAUACAACAAAUACAACAAACAUUUCGUGCGAGCUGUGUGGAAAGAAAAACGGCCGUGUGCCACUCAUUGAAUGCGUCGCGUGAACUGGCUUUACGCGCGUCGUACAUGUCGCGGCAAAGACAUAAUGUCGGUAAAGGUGCCAUGCACGGUGGCGUGUUUCGUUCCACGCACUACACGUUUUAAUUAAUCCGAAUAUUACAAACUAAUAGAAAUCAAAUUAAUGAUGUUACCGCUUCACUCCCAUGAAUCUUAGGUAAAUUGUUAAAAGACGA